CCUGCAUGCCUAUGGAGAUGUUGCAUUGACCUUUCCCUGCCAUUACAGUAGGCAGUGAGUGAUUGGGAGGCGGGUAUGAGAGCAAGGCAACAGCAGCCUGUUGUGAGUUAGCUCCUAUCCUUGACAGGGACUCUGUUAGUAUAAGAGCAAUGCUCUUGGAGCUGGGGUGAGUCCAGAGGACUUUUCCCCAACGAGGUGGUGCACUUGUUCCCUUCCUCGUCUGGCCAUGUUAGCCAGGAGUAGCUCCCGCUGGCUGGCUCCAGGGAACCCUGGGAUGCUCUCUCCUGCUUCCUCCCAAUUUCCUGGCUACCGCAGGGCUCAUGCAGUCAAGGGGGAGCUGUACUCCCCCUCUUUUCAAAGGAAGGGGGCCAGGCCUUUUAAUGAAGUCCCAGGCAACUGGAAAACUGGCUGGUUCAACCUCUACCACUUCUGGCAGGAAGGUGGCUUCCACAAUGUCCACAACAUCAUGGCCCGGCAGUUUCAGAAGUUUGGACCCAUUUACAGGGAGAAGCUUGGCAUCUAUGAGAGCGUGAAUAUCAUUAACCCUGAAGAUGCUGCCACUCUCUUUAAAUCAGAAGGCAUGUUCCCAGAGAGGUUCACCGUGUCCCCCUGGGUGGCCUACCGAGACCACCGCAACAAGUCGUAUGGUGUGCUUCUCAAGAAUGGGGAGGCUUGGCGCUUCGACCGCCUGAUCCUGAACAAGGAGGUCCUGUCCCCACAGGUGAUGGACAACUUCGUGCCCCUCCUGAAUGAAGUGGGAGAGGACUUUGUCCGGAGGGUCAGGGUCCAGAUUGAGAAGAGUGGCCGGGGGAAGUGGACGGCCGACUUCACUAACGAGCUGUUCCGCUUCGCUCUGGAGUCAGUGUGCCAUGUCCUGUAUGGAGAGCGCUUGGGGCUCCUGCAGGACUUUGUUGACCCUGAGGCCCAGCGAUUCAUCGAUGCGGUGAGCAUGAUGUUCCACACCACCUCGCCCAUGCUCUACAUCCCAGUCAAGCUGUUCCACUGGAUCAAUUCCAAGACCUGGCAGGACCACGUGAAGGCCUGGGAUGUAAUUUUCAUGCAAGCUGACAAAUGCAUCCAGAACGUCUACCGAGAUCUCCGGCUGCAACGGAAGAGCGCCAAGGAGUACACUGGCAUCCUGUCCACACUUUUAAUGCAGGACAAGCUGCCCAUUGAUGACAUCAAGGCCAGUGUGACAGAGAUGAUGGCAGGUGGGGUGGACACGACCUCCAUGACCCUCCAGUGGGCCAUGUUCGAGCUGGCUCGCUCUCCAGGUGUGCAGGAGCAGCUGCGGACUGAGAUCUUUGCAGCCAAGCAGGCAGCCCAGGGGGACAUGCUGAAGAUGCUGAAAUCUGUCAAACUGCUCAAAGCUGCCAUCAAGGAGACUCUCCGGCUCCAUCCAGUGGCCAUAACCCUUCAGAGAUACACAAUGCAAGAAAUGGUCCUCCAGGAUUACCGUAUCCCUGCCAAGACGCUGGUGCAGGUAGGGAUAUAUGCAAUGGGCCGUGACCCCAAGUUUUUCGUCAAGCCAGAGCAGUUCAACCCGGAGCGAUGGCUGAUGAUGGAAACAAAAUACUUCAAGGGGCUGGGCUUUGGCUUUGGACCACGCCAGUGUCUUGGUCGCAGGAUUGCUGAGCUGGAGAUGCAGCUCUUCUUGAUUCAUAUGUUGGAGAACUUCAAGAUAGAAACCAAGAGAGGAUUGGAGAUUGGGACCAAGUUUGACCUCAUCCUAAUCCCUGACAAGCCAAUAUACCUGACGUUACGGCCUCUCAGCGCCCAUCCGUGAAUGGAGCAGCAGCUGCCCUGACCAAUUCUGUGACUAGGCUGGGGCAAUAGGUGAGGGAGAUACUGUCACUUGCCUGAAGCACAACCCAGUCCUGUGGCAAUCUGUAGCAGGACACAGCAGCAGCUCUGGUGCCCACCCCGGGCCUGAGGUGUUCAAAGCAUGGUUGAACCAUUCAUGAAUUCAGUCUCACAGGCCCUCCUGGUAGUCAGUCAUUAUAGUUAUCCCCAUUUUACAGAUGGUGAACUGAGGGAUUCCAAUGCAAGGUCACACACUUUUGUUUACAGGAAACUGAGACCAGACUUGGCUCCUGGUCACUGCGAUUUGCAAGCCUCAUGCUAAUUUUGCUCAAAUGUGGCCAGUUUCCAGUUACCUCCCAGAAAGGAGGUAAUUAGAUGACAAGUUUUUCUCCAGAGUGUCAGCUGUGGCAAUCAGAGCCUGCUGUCUUUUAUUCUGCUACCAGAUUCAGUUGGACCAUGGUGUGUCCAUUAUGCCCUGACCUAGCUUAAAGCAACAAUGUGCGGUGUUUCUAUUGCUGCUAUGCAGCCCAAGUGGUAGAAAUCAGAGCAAAAAUUCUCCUGGUAACACCCUGAUCCCCUGACUUCAAUGGACUUGUAAUUCCCUUCAGCAGCUGUGACGGUAGCUUUACAGACUGUAGUUGCAUGCUAUUGGGGAUGAAAUUUUAUGACUGCCUGAUGUAGUAGGUAGGUAUUACAUUAAAUCUUACUCCUGAGAGAUCA